AUUCUCCCAGGGGAAGUUGCGUACGGGUUUGUUGUUAUUCGUGGUGAUAUUGAAUAAUCUAUUUUAAAUGUGGACUAAAACUGGACACGAUGUGUAAAGUGAUGUGAAAACUCUAAAUAUUGAGUUUAUAAGUGCAUCUAUGUGAAAACACGGUGUUAAAAUGGCUACAAUUAUGAUACAAAGAGACCUUGUUGUCUCGUUCAAGAAAGAGACUAUUUUGAACGUGGGAAUACUCAGUAAGCUGCAGCAAAUGCCUUCGGAGCUUAGCAGAUUGAUAUUUAAGGAAAAUGCUUUAGAAAAACCGACUCAGAGUUUGUUUAAUCACCUGUCCUAUUAUUUGGUAUCAAUAAUCGAUAAUCAGGUGUGCAGUACACUGCCGUGGCCGCUGUACGACACAAAGACUGAGAGAGCGUACCGGAACGAGCUCUCUAACUUCAUCACAGACUACAGCAAUAAGGGUUUACUGUCUCCAGUCAUGUCUUCCUACUUGGUGAACCCUGGGUGCUACAAGGUGACCAUGCUAAUAUUCCAAAUGUCUCAACUGGCUGUCCAAAGAGUUGUACAAACGAAAAUGAUCAAUGAUUCACAAAGAAAACUCUAUGACAACAUGACUGAAGAUUACAAAUCACACAAAGAUGGUUUUAUAGAGAAUAUUGAAAAAGAAACUGUGUCCAUGUCCAACAAGUUCUCCAAUUAUUUAUGCAAAAGAGCAGCGAUGGAGAAGAUAGCUGAAAUGUUCCGUAAGAAGAUUGUAGAAAUGGAGAAUAAAAUGUCAGAGUUACAUGCACAGAAAUAUUUAGAUGAUAUUGUUGAUGGAUAUUUGAAAACGCACAAAGUUGAUGAUGCAACAAAAAAAGAAAUAUUAAACAUUAAGGAUGUUCAUAAACCAGCAAAGUUCUUUGACGACUGGUUGGUGGAAACAGAUAAAAAAAUAACAGAAUUAGAAGAGGAAUGGGAUUUGAAAAUGAAACCGUUUCUGCAAAAAUGUAUAGAUACUAGAAACAGUAGCGAAAUGUUAAUAGCGAGACAAACAGGUGAAGCAGAAAGGAGUUCUUACACUCUAGAAUACAAUCCUAAAACCGAUGACAUUUGUACAAAAGAACUAGAAAAUCAAGUAAACAGUGAACAGAGGUAUAUUCUGAAAAACAUAACGAAAGAUGACAAAUUAUGUUUUCCAAAUCUUAUCCGAGCUUUCCUCAUUUCAAUAUGUUUUAUACUGAAAAAUGCUGAAAUAGGAGAUGAGGUAUAUAAGUUCAAUCAGUAUUUGGAUGGAGGGAAAAGGAACUUAGCGGAGAUUGUGUCCGCAAUGCGAGUCCUUAUGGAAAGGGUGAUGACUGCUGAAGCUAGACUACAGCCAUCAGAAUCAUCAUACAAUCAGUCAAUAUCUCUCAAGGAAUUUUCGGAAAUACCACCUUUACCUGACUUAUCAGAUUUGAAGAUGGGCAAAGACCUGCAAUCUCAAGUUAUAUUUGACAACUUCACUCCUCUUAACAUUUCGAAACAUCAGUUCAAUUUGCGAAGAAGAGUGCAGUCUUUUGUCAAACCCCCGUCGCGUUCAAUGCUCAUCGCGCCGUUCUACCAAGGACCAAAAGACGACUUCCUGAAAAGCCUCAUAUCAUGCAGAUUCAGUUCCUAUGACCGGCCAAAUACAACACAAAACUUAAACAUGUCCAUAAUACCUCAAGCUAACCAUAGAAAUAAUGAAACCAUAGCUGAAUGCUCGUCUGGUUUCACCAAACAGCAAAUAAUGAGGUUGCUAUCAACAAAAAAGUCCAGCAGCUCCAAAAAGUUUAAAUAUAAGACUGAAAGACCAGACAUUCAAGUGAAGAAAGGAGGUUUGUUCAAUGAGUCGGUAGUGUCUAAUGACAAUGCUUUAUACAGAAGUCAUUCAUCACCUAAUCUCUUCGAAAACAGAGAAAAACGGUCAAAGAUUCCUAUUCCUCGGAAGCUCUCUAUUAUGCAAGAAGACUGUCCAAUUCUGGAAGUUUCUGGUAUCUCAGUGUUGGAGAAAGAUAAUAGUUUUGGCACUCCUGAGGGUGUGCCUCGGUUAGAGAGUACACGGAAAAUAUUCGACGCUACAAGCUUGCCUGCUAUUACUGUAACCCCUGAACCAGAAAAGGUUAUUACAGAGAAGGAAGACUCAAAUAAGGUACAUUUUGCAGAACUAAAUGUACCAAAACUGCAGGAAAAUAUACUGGAAGAAUGUAAGACUGAAACUCCAAAAACUAAUACACAAUUGAUUAGGAAAACUAGUUCGUUAGAGAAGAUUAUAAAUAGGUUUAAAAAAGUAAGGGCCAGUGUGUUGCCCAUUGACAAAAGUAAUGAAGAAAUUAAUGAAUUCAAAACCAUUGCAGAAGAAAAAGAAAAUCUAAAUACAGUUAAUGUAGAUGUAUUUACAGCAAAUAGGGUCUUAUUACCUGACCUAUUAGGUCCAAGUUGUAGUGUAAUACCGCAGAAGUUAACUGAAGAUUAUUUGGAAGAAUUGUGCUUUGAUAAUGAGACUCCUUGCAGAAAACCGCGGGAAAGUCUAGGCACCGCCCUAGGAGUUGACAAUACAUUUUUAGACCAGUUUGAUUUGAUAGACUAAUAACCUAUAAGUUGUAAUGAAAAGUCCAGUAUUUUCAAAAUAAUAAAUGUACUA